GAAAAUCAAAUCUCUCUUCUUGGCGGAAAAAAAGAAAACGGCAGAGAAAGAGAAAGAAAAUGGAAAAUACGGCGAGCUUAGCGACGGGUCCCGACGGACGAAAACGGCGAGUGAGCUACUUCUUCGAACCAGAGAUUGGCCAACCAACGGAUCCCUUUCCGAGCCAUAUGGCGCACAAGCUCAUCCUCACAUAUGGCCUCGACCGUCACAUGGAAAUCAGCCGCCCAUAUCUCGCCGGCGUUUUCGAUUUCACACAAUUCCACUCACCGGAGUAUAUCCAAUUCCUCGCCUCCCUUACGCCGAUGAAUAAUAAGGAUCCUUCCGUCUCACUUAACAAAAGUCGCUUCUUCGACCUAGAUGUGAACCGGCACACAAACAGUACUAUCUUCAACGGCCUCUUCGAUUAUUGCCGCGCCUCCGCUGGUGGUUCUUUAAGCGCCGCCGUCAAAUUGAACCGUCAGGAAGCCGAUAUUGCUAUCAAUUGGGCCGGUGGGAUGCACCGUGCCAAGCGUGAUCGUGCUUCUGGCUUUAGCUUCGUCAAUGACGUUGUGCUUGCGAUUGCCGAGUUGCUCAAGGUUUUCAAGCGAGUUCUCUACAUAGAUAUUGGCUUUCGUCAUGGGGAUGCAGUGGAAGAAGCAUUUUACAAUACGGAUAGAGUUAUGACUGUUUCUUUCCACACAUAUACGGACACACCUUUCCCAAGAGACGGAGACAGAAGGGAGUUGUAUUCUCUAAAAGCACCAUUAAAGAAUGGGCUCAAAGAUAAAAGUCUUCGCAACUUGUUCAGACCUGUUAUCAACAAGGCAAUGCAAGUUUAUCAGCCAGAAGUUGUUGUUCUUCAGUGUGGAGCUGAUUCAUUAGCUGGUGAUUUUACAUUCAACUUGAAAGUCAAGGGUCACGGUGCUUGUCUCGAGUACAUAAGAUCUUUUAAUGUUCCUCUCAUGGUCUUGGGUGGUGGUGGUUCUACUUUUCGACAUGUUGCUCGUUGCUGGUGCUAUGAGACAGCGAUUGCGGUUGGGGUUGGGGAACAACUUGAAGAAGAACUCAAAGUCAAUGAGUUUCAUUAUAAGCCAAACUUCCAGCCGGAUUUUAACACAGCAAGAGAUAUUGAGAUUAUAAGGAAUGGUUUACUACGGCAACUUUCACAGCUAAUACACGUACCAAGUGUACAGUUUCAAGACACUCCACCAAUCAGUGCAGCUACAGAACCGGCGGAAGUGGACAUGGAGAAGAGACAAGUUACACAGAAUUUGAGGCGAUCCAAGCUAUGAAUCAGAGACUCUGACGAGGAUUGGCAUUUUCACAGAUAAGGCCAAUGGGUAAUGUGUCAUAGGAGACGGAUUCUUCAUACUUAGUUUCACCUUUUUGUGAGUUGUUUUACAAACAUGUACUUAAAAAAAAAAAGAACGAUAGGUGUAAAGAAAUCAACACUUAGUGU